GGGCUUUUAGUGGCUGGAACAAACACCCCUUGGCAAAGUCCUUCGGCGCUCGGAUGUCCAAGAUAGACCGCUAUCCUUUCUUCCCACUUAGCUAGCCAACUACCCUCUUCACAUUCUCUUUCGUUUGUAAUAGGCUAGUCUUUAGCUUUAUGAAUCUAGUCGUGUUAUAGUCUUCAUCUACCUUGUGGUCAGUUUUAGGUUGCAGACAUCGAUUUUGACGUGCACCGUCCCGUCACUCGCUAUGCGUUUCCCUUACAUGUUACUGGCGCUCGUAGCCAGCGUCACCGCGGACAAUACAGCGCAAACAAAAUGGUCUGAUGAAAGGGAGCUGGCACUUAAAUCAAGAAGACCCCUUGAAAUUACCCAGGCACUUGCGGCAAGGCUAGCUUCAGUCGACAUAAAUCAUAAAGGAGUAGUUGUCUCUAGGGAUCCAGGAUGUGAUCCUGAUAGCGACGACCCCGAUCUUCCCUUCUGUGACAAGCUUCUCGAACAUAUAAAGGAGCAACAGGAGAAAGAGGAGAAUGAGGAAAAAGGGAAGGGGCCCGGUGACGAUGACGAUGACAAUGACGAGAACCGUCACAGCAGUGGGAUGAUAGCAGGAGCUGUAAUAGGCGCUUUCAUUGCACUCUUAUUUCUUCUGGCCGUGUGGUACUUCCUCCGUAUCCGACCUAGGAGGAGACAGCGUAUACUAGAGCAGCGCAGGAAGCAGGAUGAGCUCGAGAGCAACUAUCAAUUCUCUCCCCCGGGCGCACAUUUGCCAACUCCGCCAACCCGAUCCAUGCCCGGAAGCCAGGAUCCGUCUGAGCAUAAUGUCAGGUUCCAACGUACACCAUAUCCGGGAAAUGCCCCAUCUCCGUCAAUGACAAAUUCGUCUAUGUCUGGUUUGGCUUUGCCAACUCCGGCACUUACAUAUUCUCCAUCGGUCACAUCCAGCGCCGUAUCUCCAUUGUCCCCAGUACCGGCACACGGAUUAAGCGAUAAGCCUCCCGCAUACGCAGCGGUAGCAGCCCUCCAGUCUUCCGAGCCGCAACCCGAAGCGAGCGCAUACCAGAUGGGCCAAACUCCCAUGCCGUUAGAACCGCCCAUGUACCAUCUAACUGAAGCACCGAGGCCCGCUAUUAUGGAUAUAAAAGGGGAACCUCUUCCCCGAUACUGAGAAGAAUAAUUGUAUGAUGGGAGAAUGUGAAGCGUCGAGGCGAGGUUAUCUGUCAUUUCCGCAGGCAAGGUGUUCUAGUUCUGAAAUUUCACUGUGGAUAUCCCCUAAUAUUCAGAAGUUCCACUGUCUUUACUACUAUGUACUCGUAUUAGGAAAGGAUAUGGGCAUUGCUCAGGAGCGAGUGGCACAGAAGAAUCGAUACUUAUUUUUUGGGUUUUUCUAUAUCUGUAGAAAGGAGAGAGAAAAAGCGAUAGUUCUGAUUCUCCUUAUAAAAAAUGCCUGUAAAAUAAAUAAAUAAAUCCCCUGAAGAAA